CACCCAUCGCCGCCGCCGCGCCGCCGCGACCUCAUCUCGCCGCCCUCGCCGUGCUCCAUGGCCGCCAAGUGGGCCCAGAAGACCGUCGUCAUCCCUGCCCAGCGCCGUGGCUGCCACCUCGUCACCCCCAAGAUUCUGAAGGAGAUUGAAGGCGACCUCUCCGGGUUCAAGUGCGGCUUGGCGCAUCUAUUCUUGCAGCACACAAGUGCUUCCCUGACCAUCAACGAGAACUAUGAUUCUGAUGUACAGGCUGACACCGAAACUUUCCUGAACAGAAUUGUCCCAGAGGGCCGGUCUGCUCCGUGGAAGCACACUUUAGAAGGACCUGAUGACAUGCCAGCACAUAUUAAAUCAUCAAUGUUUGGUUGUGCCCUGACAAUUCCUAUAACUGACGGACAUCUGAACAUGGGUACUUGGCAGGGUAUAUGGCUCUGCGAACACCGUGAUCAUGCUAGCGCACACAAAAUUGUGAUCACUCUCAAUGGAAUCUAAACGAAAGAUGUGAUGGCUGGGAAAGAGAGGGAAUGUCGGAAGCUUUAAGCACCAGCAUGGAGAAUCAGAAUCUGUGCUUCAAACAUGUCAUGUAUGAAUCUUCAGUCUUAUCUAUAUGUACGAGCAGUGCAAAAUCAAAUAAAUCUUAGCCACUGUUUCUAGUGUGAUAUCUGGCUUGUACUUCGUCAGACUUUUGGAGUUCAUGGUAGAUGUGCAUCAUGCAGCCACUCUUAUACAUUGUUGGUGUUUCCUCGAAAUAUGUAACUCUAGAAGGAAGAUGGGAAGUGUCAAAAGUCUGUAUAUCUUUCCAUUAUCAUACAAUUGAUAUAAAAUGUUUGAAAAUAAAUUGGUAAACAGUACUACCUUUGUUUGAAAA